CAUAUUUGAUAAACCAAAUUGAACCACGCAAGCAAAACAUAAUUCGAUGGAUGUGAAAACUGUCAAAUCUGUUAAAAUUAAGGACCGAUUAUUCACGAGGAACUAUGAUGUGACGGGAUGUUAAAUCUGUCGAUCAUAUUUAAAUUCCCAUAACAGUUAGUACACAUGCCAACAAAACAAAUUAAAUCUGUCGAUCAUAUUUAAAUUUCCGUAAUGGUUAACACACAUGCCAACAAAACAAAUAAAGGGGCCGUUUACUAUUCUCACAAUCUCCACACACGUACAUGUUACACGUGUGGACGUAUAUGAACACAUUCCAAAUGUAAGCGCAUUCAUAAGGUCAGUGACCUAUUAUAUGAUCUUCAUAUUUUUAGGUGUACACGUGACCUAAUAUUGGCGCAGCCAUACCAAAAAUUCGGAAAAACAAGUUGGUGAAAGUUAAGCCAUCAAAUUGUUUCGAUUCGUUGAUUGUAAAUCUUACGUGUAUAGCAUGUCAAUAAAAAAAGGAAACAGAAAACACGUAGUACGUGAAUUAUCAGUAUCUUAUCUUAUGUGUUCAUACAUUGACCUAAACUAAUUAUUAAACUGACCUACAAAUUAAUGCGUUCAUAUACAAAACAAAUAAAAGUAGUUGCGAAACUGAUAAACUGCCAUGUUAUUGCAUUAGAGACAAAUCACUCCAGCCAACCUUAUAAAUACGAAAUUUAUAAUGCACUAAUUUUCAUAUUCAAACAAAUCAAAAACUCAAGAAACGUCCACACCCCAAAAAAAAAAAAGAAACAAAUUAAGUUGUGAUGGAGUCAUCGACUACAUCGUAUUCAGUUGUGUCGGAGCUAGAAGGAACACUACUGAAAAACCCAAAACCCUUCGCUUACUUCAUGCUCGUAGCUUUCGAGGCUUCAGGACUAAUCCGUUUUGCGACCUUGCUGUUUCUCUGGCCUAUCAUAGCACUCCUUGACGUUUUGGGCUACAGAAACGGUAGCCUUAAGUUAAUGAUCUUCGUCGCAACGGCCGGUUUGCACGAAUCAGAGAUUGAAUCAGUGGCUCGAGCCGUUCUUCCCAAAUUCUACAUGGACGAUGUCAGCAUGGACGCUUGGAAAGCGUUUGGUUCCUGCGAUAAGAGAGUCGUUCUGACAAGAAUGCCACGAGUUAUGGUUGAGAGAUUCGCCAAGGACCAUCUUAGAGCCGAUGAGGUCAUCGGUACGGAGAUUGUCGUAAACCGUUUUGGUUAUGCUACUGGUUUAAUUCAAGAAACCAAUGUGGACCAAUCUGUUUUCAACAGUGUGGCUAACUUGUUUGUUGAUCGAAGACCUCAACUAGGUCUAGGACGACAGAUUACCUCGGAUUCUCCAACCUUCCUAUCGUUAUGUGAGGAACAAGUUCAUGCACCGGUUCCAUCAAACUACAACGGUCAUAUCCAGCGGCUACAUGUGCAGCCGUUACCGGUUAUUUUCCACGAUGGACGACUUGUGAAGCUGCCGACACCAGCCACCGCACUUCUCAUCCUUCUUUGGAUCCCCUUCGGUAUAAUCCUGGCCGUGAUUCGGAUCUUCGUUGGGUUCUUGCUCCCAUUAUGGGCCAUACCUUACGUCUCACGGAUAUUCAACACUCGAUUCACCGUAAAAGGAAAGCCUCCGGCACCAGCAACCCCCGGAAAACCAGGCGUACUAUUCGUAUGCACUCAUAGAACCCUAAUGGAUCCGGUCGUAUUAUCCUAUGUACUCGGACGUAGCAUCCCAGCCGUUACCUACUCCAUUUCUCGAUUAUCCGAGAUUCUAUCUCCGAUUCCAACCUUCAGGUUAACUAGAAUUCGAGAUGUUGACGCCGAGAUGAUCAAGAAAGAACUGUCUAAUGGGGACUUAGUGGUAUAUCCGGAGGGAACCACUUGUCGCGAGCCAUUUUUGCUGAGAUUUAGUGCUCUUUUCGCAGAAUUAACGGACAAUAUUGUGCCAGUGGCAAUGAACUAUAGAGUAGGAUUCUUUCAUGCGACUACUGCUAGAGGCUGGAAAGGUUUAGACCCCAUCUUCUUUUUCAUGAACCCGAGACCGGUUUAUGAGGUGACGUUCUUGAACCAGCUCGAAGUGGAGGCUACGUGUUCGUCAGGGAAGAGCCCUUAUGACGUGGCCAACUAUGUACAGAGAAUCUUGGCCGCUACGUUAGGCUUUGAGUGUACUAACUUCACGAGGAAGGAUAAGUACAGAGUUCUCGCAGGAAACGACGGAACCGUGUCGUACUUGUCAUUUCUCGACCAAGUCAAGAAGGUCAUCACCACAUUCAAGCCUUUCUUCCAUUAAUUUUCAGGUUUUUAAUUAAGUACUUUCGAAAUUCUGUGAUGACGACUGAUUACAAACAUGUUUUUGAGUUUUCAUUUUUAUUUAUUUAUUUUGUUGCAAGCAGAUGACUACGGGUAACUUAACGGGUUUGUGUAUUUUCUAGAGUUUUAUCUAUUGUGGAAUGCAAUCGCAAGUUCACAACUA